CGGGCUGUUCCCGGUUGUUCUGAGCUUGGACCUCCGGCACAACAACCUUACGGGGAAGGUACCUCCGGCAGGGUCACUGUUGAACCAGGGGCCCACCGCGUUUUCCGGGAACCCCUACCUUUGCGGAUUCCCAUUGGAGAUUCCAUGCCCGGAACAGGCAGCGGGAAACCCUAGCGGCUGGACUGAACCGGCAAAUCCCCGAAGCCCUGCUGAUUUCGCAAAUGAGCGUGUCGAUAGAGGUAGAGCAAGGUAUGGGUUGGUGACCGGUUCUCUGAUUUCCGUCUUCUUGGCAGUGGUCGGAGUAGCGUUGGUCAGCUUGUGGGUGUACCGAAAGAAACAGAAUUGGACGGAGGGAAAAAUCGGGAAAGAGACAUUGGGCAUGCCAGAGAAGUGCAGGAAGGAAGACAGUCAAAAGGGGAAGUUUGUGGCGUUAGACGAAGGGUUCUGGUUGGAAUUAGAUGAUUUGCUAAAGGCAUCCGCGUUUCAAGUAGGGAAUGGUAGGAGCGGGAUAGUGUACAAGGUGGUGUCAGGCGGCCGUGGGAAGGGAUCGAUGGUGGUGGGCAGUGGCGGUGACACUGUGGUGGCGGUGAGGCGGUUAAGUGAAGGAGAUGCGGUGUGGCGGAUCAAGGAGUUCGAAUCGGAGGUCGAGGCCAUUGGAAGAGUCCAACAUCCCAACAUUGUUAGAUUGAGAGCCUAUUACUAUGGCAGUAAUGAGAAACUUCUAGUUACAGAUUUCAUCAGCAAUGGGAGUUUGCAUAAUGCUUUACAUGGUGGACCUGGCGUUUCCUUGCAACCACUGUCAUGGGCUGAUAGAUUGAAGAUCGCCAAAGGGAUCGCCCGGGGUCUGACCCACAUUCACGAGUGCAGCCCCAAACGGUAUGUUCAUGGCAACAUAAAAUCAUCAAAAAUUCUCCUUGAUGAUGACCUAAUGCCUUACAUCUCUGGGUUCGGAUUAACCCGCCUUGCGCCCAACUCAUCCAGACUCACAACUUCAUCUUCCAAAAAGACUACCACCACCAACACGAAACCCGAAACCCGCUUUCCAGUCCCCAAGUUAACGCAGAAAUGCGAUGUGUAUUCUUUCGGGGUAGUGCUUUUGGAGAUUUUAACGGGUCGGGUGCGUGAUGGGGGAGCCGAGGGUGAUGGCAAGGGACUUGAUGAGAUGGUGAGGGUGGCUUUCAAGGAGGAAAAGCCUUUGUCGGAGAUUAUAGAUCGUCACUUGUUGCCUGAGGUUCAAUGCAAGAAGCAGGUCCUGGCAACAUUUCACAUUGCCCUAAGUUGCACGGAGUUGGAUCCCGAGCUUCGGCCUCGGAUGAGAACAGUUGCUGAUAGUCUGGAUCGGGCCAGUUUGUCUUAAAGAAAUUGUUCUGAUCCUUUUGUGGAUAAGUAAGGUCUUUGUGAAGCUUGUAGCUAGUUUGGUCAUUACUCAUUAAUGAGGACUAUUAGGAGCGUUGGUUGCAUUAAUGAAGACUUGAUUAAUGUAAGCAGAAAAUCUAAACCGUGGGAAUGUGGAAUUUAAUCAAUGAAACAAGUUCCUCUAAUUUUUGGUAAAUCAUUAUGUUACUAAAUUCCUC